AUGUCGUCAUUGAAACAUUUGAAGGAGCAAUUUGUAUCAGAUUUGUCAGGAGGAUCAAUUGGAGAAAUCUACUUGGUGACUUCAGUUGCAUUGACAUCAUAUUUAGCACACAAAUUUAUUAAGGAUUCUAUAUCACAGCUACCACUUGUUUAUGACUAUAUCAUCAAUGUGUUAACUGUUUUAUCUGCCAUCACGAUAUAUAGCAACAGGCCAGUUGUUUUACACUAUUCCAUUCUACUACCAUCAUUGUUUAUAUAUUUAAUAAACCACUAUACAACGCAACCAAGGAAAAACGAAUCGGCUGCUGCUGCUGCUGCUAAACAAGAACAUGAAGCUGUUUCUACAAUCUUACCGAAGAAAUCUUUCCUCACUACGUAUAGGUCACACAUGUUGAUAAUAACCAAUUUGUCUAUAUUAGCAGUUGAUUUUAAAGUGUUUCCACGUAGAUUUGCAAAAGUAGAAACAUGGGGUACCUCAAUGAUGGAUUUGGGCGUUGGCUCGUUUGUGUUUUCCAUGGGACUAUUCAAUUCAAGACAAUUGAUUAAAAACCAUACCAAAUAUAGGUUUGAUGUAAAGACUUAUUUAAAUGUCAUUAAAACCAAUACAAUAAAGGCAAUUCCGGUUUUGGUUCUUGGUAUUGCUAGAAUUGUCAGUGUGAAGCAAUUGGAUUACCAAGAGCACGUUUCUGAGUAUGGUGUACAUUGGAAUUUUUUCGUUACUUUGGGGUUGUUACCAAUAUUUAUAGGAAUACUUGAUCCCAUUUUGAAUCUUGUGCCUAGAGUUGUUGUUGCUUUUGCGCUUGCCCUAGUAAAUGAGUAUCUUUUAAAGAAAACAAAUAUUAUUCAGUUUAUCAUCAUGAGUGAUAAUCGCUUAGACAACUGGAUUACUAUGAACAAAGAAGGAAUUUAUUCGCUUUUGGGUUACUUUACUAUAUUUUUGUUUGGACAGUCUGUUGGUUCGUUUGUGUUGACUGAAUAUCCUACAAAGAAUAAUCUACUAGUGAUAAGUAAUACUAAAGUUACUGUUACUAGAAAGAAAAAAACGUCGUUGUUGUCGUCGCUUUUAACGGUGACCCCCACUCAAGGUUUAAUCUUUGCAACGGUCUUUUAUCAAGUGGUUUUCAAUUUAGUGAAUGAGUCUAUUACAGUUACUAGUAUUAGCAGAAGAUUAGCCAACUUUUCAUAUAUUCUUUGGGUAGUUUCAUAUAAUUCUACUUUAUUAUUGGGAUACAACUUGAUUGAUAAAUUUGUGCCAACGCACAAGAAACAAGAGUCCUCCUAUUUGUUGGACAGUAUCAAUAACAAUGGGUUGUUGAUAUUCUUGUUGGGAAACUUGUUGACUGGGUUGGUUAAUAUGAGCUUUAAUACGCUCGAAAUGUCGAAUACAGCGGCAUUGGUGGUUUUAAUUGGGUACAGUAUCUUAUGGAGUACAAUUGCAAUAUUUUUAAACCAUGAAAGAAUCUACUUGAAAUUGUAA